UGUUGUCUUAUUUCAGCACCUUUCCUCUCUGCUGUUGGAUUACGUACCUUGCCUGUUUGUUCACAGGAAGUUCAUGAAGUGGAUCAUGGUGGUGUUAGCCAGCUACCUACAGAUUCAGAGGAGACUCUUGGUUUGUGCACAGAGAAAAUGCAAGUUCCUGCUCAGUAUAGCUGGAGUGCUGACUGGAGCUUUUGGCUCUCAAGUUCUACUUAUAAGUACAGGAGUGAGGAAUUCAAGAGACAGUUCUCUCAUCUGCCAGAGUCGGAGAGACUUGUAGUAGAUUAUGCCUGUGCGCUCCAGAAGGAUAUCUUGCUGCAAGGACGCUUGUAUCUCUCGGAAAACUGGCUCUGUUUCCACAGCAACAUUUUCCGAUGGGAGACCACAAUUUCUAUUGCCUUGAAGGAUAUCACUUUCAUGACAAAGGAAAAGACCGCUCGGCUCAUUCCAAAUGCCAUACAGAUAGCAACGAAAGGAGAGAAGUUUUUCUUCACAUCAUUCAGUGCAAGAGACAGAAGCUACCUCAGCAUCUUUCGCUUAUGGCAGAAUGUGUUGUUGGAUAAGAGACUGACCAAGCAGGAAUUUUGGCAGCUGGUGCACCAGAGUUAUGGCUCUGAGCUGGGCCUGAAUACUGAGGAGAUGGAGAAUUUUCACUCAUCCUCCGAGGACAACGGGCAGCCUCGAUCCAGUGUUUGUGAUGAAUCUGGAGAAAAGGAUGAAAAACUACCUAAAGCGACUAGCCCCGCUCGGGAACCCACCCUCCAAACAGAAGGAGAGCCGCUCAACGGGCACACGGUGCCAGGAGUGGAGGAGUCCCCGAGUGAAAAGCAAAUAAAGAAGAGCCCUCUUCCAUCUUCAGAAAGAAAACCUGUUAAUCUAGUCAGGAGCAGAUCCUUAGAAAAAUCCUUGGAUCUGAAUGAGAAUGAAAACCUUCCAGAGAAGAGCAGUGCCUCAGACAGUGAAGAAGGGAAGGAGACCAUCUCUGAGAACGAUCUCUAUGGGAGAAUUUUUAUAAACAGAGUUUUCCAUAUCACUGCAGACAAGAUGUUUGAAAUCCUUUUCACCAAUUCGCACUUCAUGCAGAGGUUUCUCAAUUCCAGGAGUAUAGUAGAUGCUGUAUCAACUCCGUGGAAUAGAGAUACCAGUGGUAACCAGCUGAGGACUUUGACCUACACUAUAACAAUUAACAAUCCACUCUGUGGGAAGUUCACAACUGCAACUGAAAAGCAGAUCCUGCAUAAACAGAGCCAGAAAGGUGAGUCUUACCAAGUGGAUGCAGAGGUGCUGACCCAUGAUGUCCCCUACCAUGACUAUUUCUACACUGUGAACCGAUACUACAUCAGCCGCACAUCCAGUCACAAGUGUCGGCUACGGGUUUCUGCAGAAGUCAAGUACAAAAAACAGCCUUGGGGCCUUGUCAAAUCUGUAAUUGAGAAGAACACCUGGGGAGGAAUACAGGAGAACUUCAAACAACUUGAAUCAGAAUUGCUAAUGGAGGAAUAUGCAAUCAAUCAAUCCAUAGAAGAUUCUGGAAAACUAGUUGCCUUAAGACGAAGACGACGUACUUUACACCGGGGUUUGGCAGAAUCACUUCCCAAACGCUCUUCCCAGCACUCCGAAUCCCUUAGGAAUGUCUUGAGCAUUUUUAACCUCCUUCUCUUCCAUGUAGGAAGAAAAAGAGAUCCUCUAAGUAGGACCACCACCAUCAUUGUUGUAAUGAGUAUCUUUUUGCUGCUCUUGGUUUUACUGAAUAUAACACUGUUCCUCAAACUGUCAAAGAUAGAACAUGCAGCUCAGUCCCUCUACCAUGUCCAGCUUCAGGAAGAAAGCACCUUGAACAUAUCUCCAGAAAUGAUAUCAAAAGAAGAGAUCCCUCAAUAUGAUAAGGAGCAGGUUAAGCAUGUGAAGGGAGUGCUGAGAGAUUCAAUCGAAAUGCUUGAACAGCUAAAGACCUCCCUUUCUAUGCUCCAAAGAAGCUUUGACCACUUGAACAAGACUCAGAGCAGGAGGACUGAGAGUUAAUACCUGCAUCAGCUUUCAGUUCAAGAUGUCAGAAGAAAGAAGAUGAGAGCUGGAGGACUUGGGGAUAGGGGUUUUCACUGUCAUCUUUG